AAAUACUCUGAAAAUAUGGUUAAAUAACUACAAUUAAGCAGUUGUGAUUGAACGGUUUUGCUUAUAUUUGAAGCUAUAUUUCACGCAUCUAUAUGGCCAAUCAUAUUCUUGGGAUUAUAUUGUUAUAGCUAUGAUAUUCCCUUAUCUACGCUCCUGAUUAUACAAUCGUAAAAAUUAGCAUACAGAUUAUUUAUAGCAUUCAUGUAUGCAAAUAAACGAAGCGGAAAGCUUGGACAGCCGUGCAUAUAUCGACAGGUGGCCAGGACAAAUGAUCGAUGCCGAUAUGACAGGGCUACAACGCCACCGCUCUCGACUCGCCUCGAAAUGUUGCCUAAGUAUUGAGUCAGCUGAAUUUACUUACUGUCUUUCUCACGAUUAUGGACCAAAAACAACCGCUUGAUGUCUCAUUCGACUCGGAUUUUACUCAAGACCAAAACGAGGUAUUUAAAAGAGCAGUUAAACAGACAGCCAUCAAAGACAACAGCCAAAAACGUAAGUGACGCGAUCUUUGCCUUUUAUUCAAUCCUUUGUUGUGACGUGGCAUAUGGCGGUGCAGUCUGGUAUCUUAGGUGUUUGUGGUCCGGUGUAUGAAUGCGUAAAAGUCAGAGAAAGUUGUGUACCGAAUAGUCAACAUGCUCUGUGUUUAGUGUUAUAAUGUAAAGUAUUUUGUGUCCAAUCUUUUCAAAUCAAAGUCUAUUUUACAACGGUGAGUUGCCUAGCGUAUAUACAUAUAUAUAUAGGCUAUGCCUAUGGCCUAUCUAUAUAAAUAUAUUGUAACUUGAACGCUUUAAUAUGCGUACAAAGUUGUUUACAAGCUUUCUAUGACUAUAUAGUGGAUUUUUGACUUCUUUUUGUUAACAGAAGAAACUGGGGCGCUUUCUAUUUAACGGCUACACCGGUCAGAGCAGAUCGGGAAUCUCUGCUCAGAGUAUAAUGCAAAGGUCUGGCUGGUCCAGAUUUCUCGAAAAUCUCACCGAAACGGACCUUUUGAUUUGAUCCAAAUUUUACGGGUGCGUAGCCUAAACAUUUAGUGUAUUCCAGCGAUCAGAUCUAAAUGGAAUCCGAAAGCGCCCUGGCCUAGCUUGUGCUUUAUUCAGUAUUCUUUCACACUGUAGACCUAACUAUAGAACUAAUUGAAAUAUCUACCCUUUUAUCUCUCGGUCUACACUUCGGUCUGAAGUGAAGACUUUGGACUGGUUGGCGGUAACGCUAUCCGCGGCCUUUGUAAUAUAGUGAUUUUUUCAAGCUUUAUAAAAUUGGCCGUUGAUUGAUGUAAGCCAAAUUAAACUUAAGAAUUUAUAGCAAUUUAUCUAAAGGUAAGUGACUUGAAAAUUUGGCAGCUAUGAGCUAUAAGGUUAUCGCACAGUCACAUUUCUCAGUACGUAAUUCUAACGAGAUUUCAAAAAGUCUUAGUUUAUAAGUUUGAGGAAUGCCACUGUUACCAUGCUACCUCAUCUUAAUUUCAGUUUCGACGCCUGCGAUUGCUGGUAUUGUAGUGUUCGCGGUCGCCUUCAUAUCCGCCAUAUUGAUGUUCAUCUUCUACCGACGACGGAGAAGCGAAAAACGAACGAAGAGCUAUCGGAAAUCACCGUCACAAUCCGUCAAGCAUAGUGCAAUCACAGUGCAAACAUCCACCUUCCAACUGACUAGUACCAGUCCCAUUCCGGCCGCGCCGGACUAUAGUAAGUUCGGCCUGGGUAGAAGGACGUCGAAUAACAAUAUGCUGGACAACAGUUCUAGCGAGGAGGAAGCAUUUGACACAGAGGAAUUAGCACAGAAAUUUGACUGGAGUUCUCCCAGACGACGCAAGAAAAAUGCUCCAUCACAAGAGAAAGUAAAUGUCGCAGAUGUUAUUGACGGUAUGUAUGCAGGUCUAUACACAAUUAUGUAUAUAAGAGUUUACAUAUAGCCGUGUAUAUGCGUCCCGACACACGGGCAGGGAGGAGGUUGGGUCCUAUAAGUAUGUUUAUUACUAGAUAUCUCAAUACUUGUGUAAAUUUGUUACAAACGCAACAUUUCGCGCUUGAAAAAAGUCUGUGACGCUGAUAACUUUUUGGAC